AGAAGCGAGCCGCAGGCCAGGCUCCCGGGGCAAAGGCCGGUCAGCAAUGCUGGGCCCCAGCAUUCUUGGAUGCCUAGCCCUGCUGGAGCGCAGGAGGCAGCUCUGGCCGCAGACAGAGAUAAGACAUCAGCUCAGGCUCAGAAACCUGCUGAGAAGGUCUGCACCACCUAUUGGAUUUUACCCACAAAGCUCCCCGUGGGAAGCACCUGACACCGUCAAUGUAGACCAGGCAAUGAUUCAGUAGGAGACUGCAGAUCGGGGCAGGGCUCCUGGCUGCCGAGGAUGAACGGGGACGAGGAGUUCUUUGAUGCCGUCACAGGCUUUGAUUCUGAUAACUCUUCUGGGGAAUUUUCAGAGGCCAGUCAGAGAGCCCCCGGAGGGCUGCCUGUGGACACCAGCAAAAGCAACGGCAUUGGGGAAGCUGGGGAGAGGCCCCCGCAGGAGAAUGGGAUUCAGAGACACAGGACAUCCUUGCCGGCCCCGAUGUUCACCAGGAGUGACUUCAGUGUGUGGGGGAUCCUGAAGAAGUGCAUCGGCCUGGAGCUGUCCAAGAUCACGAUGCCCAUUGUCUUCAACGAGCCCCUGAGCUUCCUACAGCGGAUCACGGAGUACAUGGAGCACAUCUACCUCGUCCACAGAGCCUCCCGCCAGCCCCAGGCCCUGGAGAGGAUGCAGUGUGUGGCUGCCUUUGCGGUGUCGGCGGUGGCUUCCCAGUGGGAGAGGACUGGCAAGCCGUUCAACCCACUCCUGGGAGAGACAUACGAGCUGAUCAGGGAAGACCUAGGGUUCAGGUUCAUAUCUGAGCAGGUCAGCCACCACCCCCCUGUGAGUGCAUUUUACUCUGAAGGUCUCUGUCAGGACUUCCUGUUCCACGGCUCCAUCUACCCGAAGCAACCCCGGGGCACCAUCACACUGGAGCUUCUCAGACACAAUGAGGCCUACACCUGGACCAACCCUACCUGCUGUGUGCACAACGUGAUUAUCGGGAAGCUCUGGAUAGAGCAGUACGGGACGGUGGAAAUCCUAAACCACAGGACUGGAGACAAGUGUGUGCUUCACUUCAGACCGUGCGGGUUGUUUGGAAAAGAGCUCCACAAAGUGGAAGGACACAUUCAAGACAAAAACAAAAAGAAGCUGUUCAUCAUCUAUGGCAAGUGGACGGAGUGUUUGUGGGGCAUCGACCCUGCGGCGUACGAGUCCUUCAGGAAGCAGGAGCGGAGGGGCGAGCCCCUGAGGAAGGCACAGUCGGGCAUCAGCAUGGAGGACGCUGACACCGAAGUGGUGGACGCCGUGCCUGAGGUCCAGGACACUGUGCAGGUCAUUCCAGGCAGCAGGCUCCUCUGGAGAAUCAAUACCCGGCCCCCCAACUCUGCCCAGAUGUAUAACUUCACCAGUUUCACUGUUAGUCUCAAUGAACUGCAGACGGGCAUGGAGAAGAUCCUGGCCCCCACAGACUGCCGUCUGCGUCCCGACAUCCGCAGCAUGGAGAACGGCAACAUGGAUCUGGCGAGCCAGGAGAAGGAGCGGCUGGAGGAGAAGCAGAGGGAAGCCCGGAGGGAGCGGGCCAAGGAGGACACUGAGUGGCAGACAAGGUGGUUCCACCAGGGCAGGAAUCCGCACACUGGGACCCCUGACUGGCUGUACUCAGGGGGCUACUUCGAGCGGGAUUUCUCAGGCUGCCCGGACAUCUACUGAUGUGCCCUGGGACCCAGACCCCUGCCAGGCUGGACCCCGCCACGUGGCUCCUCUGAGCUCCGGGUACGGCAGCACCAGCCUUUCUAAGGACCAUGUUCACGGAGAAAGCGCCAUCCCGGCUGAGGCCUCAAUCCUAAUUAACUAUUGAUUGCCAACCAUUCAUUACUGUUGCCGUCUCUUCAUAAAGCUUCCCUCGGGAUCAUCGUGUUUUCAUUAAGAUUUGAGAAGGAACAUUCUUCAACUCCUUUAUGUGAUAAGUCAGCUGUUGCAUCUCAACCGACAGCAGCCUGAUGACCAGUUUGAAACUAGCGGAAGGAACAGCAAGGAGGGGCCAUGUUCCUCCUUAGAAUGCAGCGUGACGAGUGUCCAAAAGUAGUUUAAAUUGGAACCAAUAACAGAAAAGACAGAUCUUGAAACUAACCCUGCAGUGAGCUCUCUGCAGCCAGGAGCGCUGUCUGCGCCGGGAACAAAGUGAAUGUUUCAGAGUGUCGGAUUAAAUGACAUGGGUCGCUGUCGGGUUCUGUGUUUUCUUGCCAACUUUCAAUGAUGUAAAGAUAACUUUUAUAUAUUUAAGUUAAAGCUGCUUGACUAGGAUUUGCUGAAGAGCAAGACAUGCAUUAAUCUCCAGCUGUAUACGCAAAAGGAAGCAUUGCCAUGACAGGGUUCCAGAAACAUGGCAAGUUGUUGACCAAGUCCCCAGACGGCUCCCAGCCUUGAAGGGAGCCCUGCCUCUGGCCCUGUCUGCUCUUUUCACCAGGGCUGCACUGUCACUGCAGGCCAAACCCAUGUCACAAAACAAGUCAUUCGUUAGAACGUUUGGUCUGUAACCACAGUACUGUGUCCUUGUUUUCCCAGCAUGCGUGUUUGAAACACAGGAUACAGGAGGCCACACCUGGUGUGCACUGGGGGGUCAGAGCAGAGGCUACUUACAGGGGAAUUAGGGUUAUUGUAUAGAACACAGGUGUGCAUCCAUCUCUGCACACGUCCUGAUCAGGUGACUGUUUUCUUUCUGUAGAAAUAUCAACACGUAGAUCAUGGUACCACUCUCUGAAUGGAAGACAAUCUGCUGCAUGCGGGCGCACACAAACUCACAUGUGUGCACACAUGCAUAUGCGUACAUUUGUGCUCUCACAUGCAUACCCACAUGUGUGCACAUGUACACACGCACACAUGCACACGCAGUUGUAUGGAGUGGUGGGUUCCCUCUGAGAGGGCGUCACGUGUGUCCAGGCUUCAGAAUCACAUUUGUAAUUAAAACUUUUGAAAGC